UGCGCAUCAUAAUUUCAUAGACAGCACACUUAGGAGUUGUCUCAAACAAGAAGGACUGUCAUUUCCAGAUGCCAAUUUCUUCAUCUAUUUACUCUUUCUUUUCCACGUAUAUCAGACGAAACCUUUUAAAAGUUUCCCUCGGUAUGCUCUUCAAACACCAGCUUGGAAAUAUAUGUUCUUCUCGCAUUUGGCUCCAUUUUUGUCGUGUUUUAAAUCUUUCGCAACAUUCAUCGUUUUCGUCGAUUCGGCAAGUGAUGUUUUCCGAGAACAGAGAGCGUGUACUUACGUAUCAACCACCACUUUUUGGCAAAAAGCCAAAAGGUUUUGUAUAUGCAUUCAAUCAACAAUUCAUCUUCUCUUGUAAGUUAAACUUGUGCUCGACGCAUUUGCCGAAUCCAAGUCACAAUGACUUUGUUUCCGAGAACAGGUAUUUUAUAGCUUUCGUUUUCAGUUUGUAGAGAUUAUCAACAUAUCUUAUACUCUAGAAGAGCCUGCUUUGAUAUUUCUCUAUGAUUUUUAUCAGUAAUCUAGAAUCUGAUUCCCUGAAAUCUUUUUUGUCCUAUAGUCGUUUUUGAUCCUGCAAUUAUGGUGACUAGAUAUCACAAUUUCAUUAUUGCAUUUUUGUUAUUUGUUUGGGUGAUGUAUUAUGGAAAUUCGAUAUCGGGGAAAGUAAAUUCGAAUGACGGGAAAGGAAUCAAUGGCGGAGGAAGGGAGGACAGGGGAAAUUUGAAGUCCCCACCAUCAAUGAUUGGUGGUGAGGAUGAAAGGGGUAUUAAAAAAGUAGGUUGGGGCGGGGGUGGUGGAAGCGGUGGAGCAUGGAAUAAGGAAUCGGAGGAGAACCGUUUAGGAAGACUAGAAGAAAUUGGAAUGGGGAGGGGGAAAAUUGCACCCGGUGAUGCCAGUCCGCAUGAUGAGAAAGUGUUCAAAGAGAAGGAGGAGAAGCAAAGAUUAAGGGAGGAGAAGGAAGCGGAGGAUAAAAGGGUUAAAGAAGAAAAGAAAGAGCAGGAGAGAAAAGAAAAAGAGGAGCAAGAAAGAAAAGAGACCGAAGAAGACAUAGAUACGGAGGAAAAUGUGAGCAGAGAGGAAGAGAUGGAGAUUGAGAUGCUCGAGGGGGAAGACAUCAACCAUGAGGAUACGAACAAUAACGAAGUGGAAGAAGUGAAGAGCGAAUACAAGCUACUCACUCUCCGCUCCCUUUGCGAAACUACCACAUUUCAGCCCGGGCUCUACCUCCAGUGUCACUCCUGGUGUGGCCCUAACUCUACAUCCAUCUGUGGCGGUCUAAACAAUGCCCGUAAUCGCAUACAAACUUGUCUCCGUUUGGCCCUAGACCUCGGUUCCGGAAUCAUCCUUCCCACAGUGCAAUCGCAUCGCAACACCGAGAACUUCGUUGACUAUGGCGGCACCACUGAUAACACUCUUUGCCCGGACGUGUAUUGGGAUAUUGAGUUUCUUCUCCAGGAAAUGGGUUCUGCCUGCCCAGAGAUAGAAGUACGACAAUGUGGGGACGUUUCUGGAAUAGACGAGGAUAGAAUCAUACAGAUGGAUAAGAGAGAACACGGAGAUGCCAGCCACCACAUUGGCACGUUUAAAGCUUUAGUGGACGAGCAUUUAGAAUCUCUUUCUCUCUCAUCCAUUUCAGUCCAAAAUCCAGUCGCGGUUGGCUUUGGCGAUACGAUAUAUGCAUACAAUUAUACAUAUGACUCGGAACAAGCCCUCCAAAAAGAAAUCUUCCGUACCCUAAAAUACAAUAAAAAACUGCUCGAUUUUGGAUCGAGGCUUCGAUAUAGUCCUGAGUUACGUGAUGGAUAUAUCGGAGUUCAUUUCCGGGGUGAAAGCGAUUGGCCCCAAGGUUUCGGGUCACGGGAAGAUCAAAUUGAUUUUUUCACGCAGGAAAUCAAGCUUGCAUCUUCUGUCCAAGGGGCUGCCGAGGGUAUCAAGACCAUAUAUAUAAGCUGUGGGGAUGAAGCGGCCAUCUCAAGGUUCAGCGAGUCCCUUUUAGAACUAGGGUAUCGGGUGUAUGAUAAGUGGAAUUUGGUAUCAUCUCUUUCCGAACCAUCUCUACUAUUAGAAGAGAUGGAAUUCGACACCAUGGCUAUUAUUGACUAUGCUGUGUUGGUCGAGUCAGCACUUUUCCUCGGGGUAUGGAUGUCAACAUUCUCCCAAACCAUUGCAUAUGCGCGCACGGUGGACCUUGAACAGGAAUACUGGGAGACAUAUAUUAAUCCAGGAAGUAGAAGGGAUGGACUAACGAGAUUGUGGGAUCAAGCGCCUGCUUUGAAAGGAGAUGAAACGACUAAGAUAUUAGUCGUUAACACGGGCGGGUUCAGUAACAUGGAUUCUUACCCUUGAGAGUUGCAAGUAGAUACUGAGUUGAGAUUCGAGGGUAAGAUGGAUGAAUGGAUAUACUUUCA